AUGGAUUCAAGAGCAAGAAAAUUGGUGAAUCUCGCCAUAAAUAAUGACAGUGCAGCAAUGAAUGAGAACACAGGUGACGAAAACCCAUUCAGUAAUCCACAACCAAGUACAUCUGGAACCCUAAAACAAUUUAUUUUAGAUCAAAAAGUAAGUGACUUUUCUAGUGACGAUUCUGUGGCUGAUCCUAACUACACUCCGGGCAGUCCUAGCUUACUUACACAUCAUAAAGAAAUGGAAAUUGCUGUUCCUAAUGCAUCAGUGGAUAUGCAUAUAACGCCAGGCAAUUAG